AGGAGGCAUUCCGCGAGCCCUGGAGAGUCUCCCGCUGACUGAUAAACACGGAGAAAGCCUGCUGAUCGCCGGCAUGUGUUGAAAAAUGGCCCGUCGUUUGCAUUCGCUCCGCGCUCAGCUGUCUUUUGCCCUCAUAAGACUGUUUUGCCCAGUAGUUCAAGUGCUAACCAGGUAGAAAUAUUGUCACCCAAUGCCUUGUGCGAAUAUAUGGCUGCGGCUUACAUGUUCAGCCUCAAUAGAGCCGCGGCGACAAUGUUCAGCCUCUUGAAUUAGAGCCGCAUGCAAAAGAUAUCAUCAGUACUGAGAUUGAAGCCUCGAGCUGUGCUCUCGCAUGGUGUAUAAAUGCAUGCGUCUCUAGACUUGUGGUAUUCUAGAUGUUGACUGACAAUUCAAUUCCUCGGUGCGCCGGACAAUGGACCACAGCUGCCCUUCUUCCCGUGUUGAUCAAUUCCUAGAGGAAAAAAUCAAGUCCAGGACGAACAGUCUCUUUAAAUCUAGGAACGAGGUUGCUCAGCUGGUGGUUUAUCUUUUUUCUUCGUCAAAGGACUCAUGCGGCAGACGGACAUUGCAAACCAAACAACCCAUCCCGAUUAAUCACGUCUCAGAGCUGAAGCGACUCCAUCAGGAAGAGACCGCUGCCUGUGCACAAGUCUACACCGUCUCGCAGUUGCGAUCGUGGACGACAUUAAACAUAUCGAGCGAACUUUUCCACCACCUCCUAGAAGAACAAAGCAUCUUCCCAUAUUUCUGGAAGUCGGUCCUAGCAUUUGGCAUCAGAGUUGUGGAGAAUGAAUAUGUAUUUCCUCCUUUUCGUGCCAAAAGCUCGCGGAGGGUAGACGGCAAAGUUGAUGAGAUUGCAUAUGUGAUCCGGCGAGUCGAACGUAACCAGCGCCCGACGUCCAAUGGGGAGUGUCCCUGGUCAAUUCGUCAGACGGGAGUUUACCACAAAUUGACAUAUCCGCAUGAUGGAUCAGCAAGCUCGUCGGUGUUCAUUCUGAUCGCGCCCUCCCGUACUAUUGAAAAUGAGGUCUCUCAAUGCCUCCCCGGAAGCCCAUCCGAGGGGGAGGUCAUGAAGCCGCACUUCUCUAUUCACGAGAGACUCAUGGCUGAUGGCCUCAGCAGCUGGAUGGAUUACAUGGCUUGGUUAGAGUCUGAAUGCAAGCAAAAGGCCGACCGACUCAUUGUCUGGGAUGUCGAAGACCGAGAUAAACAUUUGACAUACUUCAAGGUGGACGACAGACAGCGCCUUAAGCAGCUGGGAGAUUACAUAACGGAUUUGAUUGUCAUCCUUCAGACUGCUGUGAACACCAUCGGUCGCAUUGGGAAGAGCUGCCAACGACACUGUCAACUGAGCUGUGGUGCCGGGAAUGACUGUUCCUGCAGCUCCAUGAUCGGAGAGUUUAGUGAAUAUGAAGAGGAAUCCCGCAUUUACCUGGAACGGGCCAAGGUGUUACAGGAGCGGGUUCAGUCAACAGAGCAACUGUUAACCGAUCUACUCAGCUUCGAGGAGACGCGAGCCUUGAAGCAAUUGGCACGAGCAUCACAUGUGGAGACAAAAGCUUUGAAAGAACUGGCCCAGAUUUCUCAGGAGGAAAGCCACCACCUCGCCGAGCUUGCAAAACGGAGUGCAGAAGACGCUGCGGCUGUGAAAAUGCUGAGUCUUGUUGGCCUGGUUUACCUUCCCACCACCAUUGUAGCGAACUUCUUUUCUACAGCAUUCGUCAAGAUUGAUGAACAGGGAGGUAUAUACAUAUCACCCUGGGUUUGGAUUUUGGCAGUUAUCUCAGUUCCCUUAACAGUAGCUACGGUCUUUCUGUGGAUCCUUUCUGUGCGAUAUAGUGACUCAUCUUGGUUUCUGAAAGUGACUCGGAUUCGGCAUAAACCAGUGUCACACAGGGAGGGCGAAGAGGCAGACUUGGAACGGGGCAGGUUGCGAGGCCAAACGGAGACUGAGGUGACCCAGGGCAGGAUGCCCUUAUUCAGCCUGAUGCGCCCGUCCACCUAUGCCACCACGACGACGAAGGCCGAUUAAACUAACAAUCUUACCCCGUUGUACGUUCUUAUGUAAUUGGGUUUUUCUUUGGAGAGUGGGAAUGAAGGCAACGAGUAUUCAUAGUCUUCACAGAUCUACUGUAGAUAGAAUGGACAGCGCAGUAGUAAGUACUAGUGGAUAUUACAGAAGAGAUAACGCUCCGAUGCCCCUCUUUCAAUGCCCUGGAGGACCUACGUAAUAUGAG